UCCAAUGAGUGAACAGCAUCCAUCCAAAAUAUCUCUCUCUCUAACCAUGGAAAUAGAAGUAAAGUUCAUCGGAGCAUCACCAAGUCCGUUCAAUUCAAGAGUAGAAAUUGCUCUGAAACUCAAGGGCAUAAAAUAUGAAUUCAUAAGAGAAGAUCUCUCAAACAAGAGUGAUUUACUCUUACAAUCCAACCCAGUUCACAAGAGAAUCCCAGUUCUUGUUCAUGGAGGAAAACCUAUUUCAGAGUCGAUGAUCAUUCUUGAAUACAUCGAUGAGACGUGGCCAGAGAUCAACCCGUUGCGUCCGAAUGAUCCUUACGAGAGAUCCGUUGCUCGGUUUUGGACUAAAUUUGUUGAGGAAAAGAGCUUAUGCAUGUGGCUGCUAUUUGGAGGCAAAGGACAAGAAAAAGCCAAGGAAGAUUGCCACAAUAUGUUGAAGACAUUAGAAGAACAAAGCAAUAUUGGGGACAACGCAUUCUUCGGUGGCGACAAUAUUGGAUUAACAGAUAUAGCAUUUGGAGUGUUAGCGUACUGGUUGGAAAUUAUUGAAGACAUUGCGAAACUGAAGAUUUUUGAUGCCGAAACAUUUCCUCGCUUGCACUCAUGGAAAUGUAAGUUUUUGGAAGUUCCUGUCAUCAAAGAAAGCCUUCCGAACCGCGAUGAAUUGACAGUGUUUCUGGAAGGUCGAAAGGAUUGGAUCAUAGCAAAAGCAGAAUCUUUACAGGUUUCGGCAAGGUCUUGAAAUGAUGAUCAGCAAAUCAGAUUUUUCUAUUUCGUCUUAGUAUGUACUUUACAGUUAACUUUAUAUUUCAAGAUCAUAUCUUUAUAUUCCGUCUACUAUGUACGUUGCAGUUAACUUCCUCAAAUGUCUUUCUGAAAGACUGAAGCUCUAAUUCUGUUUAUCGCUGCUGUUUUAAAAUUUUCAAGAAAUAAAAUACCUAAUCCAAUUCAUUGCCCUA